CCAAGAGGCAACAGAAAACAUGGCGCAUCAUUUAUCAUCACUAGAGCAAUUACAGGUCCUGCAUUGUUUUUGCUUCGGUACAUCUGGUACAGCCCUGCAAAGUUUUCUCUGCCCACUGGACUGGUUCGUCUGGUUAGUAAGCAGAUCAACUGGCACCUAGUACUUGCAAGCAAUGGGAAAUUGUUGGCAGUUGUUCAAGACCAAUGUGUAGAAAUCAGGUCUGCAAAAGAUGACUUUGGAUCCAUAAUUGGAAAAUGUCAAGUGCCAAAGGAUCCUAACCCUCAGUGGAGGCGAGUGGCAUGGAGUCACGAUUGUACGUUACUUGCUUAUGCUGAAAGCACUGGAACAGUAAGAGUGUUUGACCUAAUGGGUAGUGAGCUUUUGGUCAUUUCACCGACAGCAAGUUUUCCAGGAGAUCUGAGUUACGCUAUUGCUGGAUUGAUCUUUCUAGAAUACAAGGCAAGUGCCCAAUGGUCAGCCGAACUGCUUGUCGUUAAUUAUCGUGGAGAACUGAGAAGUUAUCUUGUAAGUGUUGGAACAAAUCAAAGCUUUCAAGAAAGUCAUAGUUUCAGCUUUAGCAGCCAUUAUGCCCAUGGAAUAACUACUGUCAUUUAUCAUCCUGGUCACAG